UGUGCUACACUCCAGUGUGGUAGAUGGCGGUAAUGCACCUGCAAGCUGGUUGCCAAUCAAAACAAAGGAGGAAGAGGAAGAGGAAGAAAACGAAGACGCGGAAGACGAAGAAGAAUAAAUAGCUUUGAUUCUCUCCGUCCGGGUCCAUGUGUUUAGAAAAAGCAUGGCAGUUGACUUGAGAAUACAUAACCUGGCAAGUCGAAUAACAACUUCACCUUAUGUUGCUACGAAGCAGUCUAGAUGCAUUAUUUCGGUUAUGGAGCCAUCAUUGUCAUUGUCACACAAAAGCAAGAAAAGAAAGGUCAACUAUUCGACAACGCAGGAGGAGGUCAAGCGAUUGAAAACAGAGCUGAAGAAUGAUGACCUGGCUAAGCAUCACUGCCAUCCCGCAAGUAUAUCCGUGCAGCCUAGUCACCUCCAAGAGUCCAUAACACCCAAGGAGCUGACAGAGCUGCUGCAGUUCGCUGCCCUAGGGAAAACCUAUGGUGUAAAGAAGCCCAGCUGGUGUCGUCUCCGUCACCAGAAGAAAGUGAAAGGGGUAAAUGUUGUGGUCCUUGAAGGCCUGACGCAGAGUCACUUCUACAAACACUACCUUAGCCUGCGACACCUCAGCACCAACUACAGCACUAGGCUCAGCUUCACUCCGUCGUCUAGCAAUUUAGCAUCUGAAAUCUUUGCCAGUAAAGUUCCCGGUUUGCAGAAUUCAUCUGUUUCCCAAAGAAACCAAGAAAGCAGUCCUCUUGAUGGAGCCCUGAAAUAUCACCCUAUUAUUAGAAGGUUUGGUGCAGAGACUAAAGGACUAACUGCCUACACUGUUAAAAAGGAAGACAUGAUCAAAAAAUGCUUCCCUGUUAAAGGAAUGCCAGGUUUUGAGGGCUUUGUGUGCACAGACAGUGAUGACUGUGUGACUGACAGUAGUCCGCUGUAUGGACUUGACUGUGAGAUGUGUAUAACAGAGAAGGGUUAUGAGUUGGCCCGUGUCUCACUGGUGGAUAGUAGUGGGAACUGUAUGAUGGACAAUCUAGUGAAACCUCAGAACCGGAUCCUCAACUACCUUACCAGGUUCUCUGGUAUCACUGCUGCAAUGUUGGGACCAGUCACUACAACACUUAGGGAGAUUCAAACGAAACUCAAAAUGCUGUUGCCACAAGAUGCAGUCCUGGUUGGCCAUUCUCUUGAAAAUGACCUCAGAGCUCUCAAUCUGAUCCAUCCGCACGUAAUCGACACCUCACUACUCUAUUGUAAGGAGUUUGGACAGAAGUUUAAACUUAAGGUGCUGGCUGAGGCUAUAUUGAAGAAGCAAAUACAGAUUGAGGAGAAGUUAGGUCAUAACCCUACUGAGGAUGCUGUCGCAACUCUGGAACUGGCACAGUACUUUAUUAAAAUGGGACCUCGAAGGGUUGUGGAGCUUCAUUUGGAGGAGCUAUGGGGAUGGGGUCCAGUCUUGUAUAAAUCCGCUGCCAGUGGACCACUACCUACACAGAGCAACAGGUUUGCUGAUGUGCUUCAACGGUCUGGACAGUCAGCAACCUUUAUAGGAAAGCGUGCUGACGUCAUGCUUGACCUAUCCCAUCAGCAGUGGUAUAACUCAGACAGAGAGGUGCUCAGUUCCUUCAGGAACAAGACAACGGUCCCCUCUUUCUCUGUUCUCCAGUUCUCCUCCUUCUCAGACCACCUGAGAACCUUCCCCUGCCAGGAGCACCACUACCAAAAGAUGUAUGCACACUUAAGAGAUAUGUGUGUAGUGUUUGCAGGACCCUUCCCAGCAGGAUUCUCUGACAAAGAUGUGAGAAGGCUGUUUCGCUGCUGUGGGCCAGUUCGGAAAAUCCAAAUUCUGAAUACAUCUCUCAUCAGAAUUCAUGCAAAGAUUGAGUUUGAGCUGCUAGAAGGAGCUGAGCUGGCUUUGAAGACGUUAAAUGGACUUAAUGCGAGUGGAUACAACAUAAAGGUUCAGAGGCCUGUUAAUGAUUCGAUGUUGGACCUGGAUCUGACCUUGCAUGCUUUGAUGGAGGACCCUCUCAACGCUAAUCUCAUCUAUGCCGUUAGUCUAAAACCUAUGUCCAGUCACACACAUGUCUCUCCAAAGGCCAGUGGACAUACACUAGAUGCUAGAUGUUCAGCCGCCACUGCUACAAAAAUGGCUUGCUACUUGCGCCCAUCUGAAGUAAAUGGAUCAUCAGUAGAUGCUUCCUAUUCAGAACUCCCAGUUACUGGGACUGGGUUAAAUGUAGUAAAGCAGCUCUAUGCCACUACAUGUGGACUGUCUGAAGAGGAGCUCAGAGAUGCUUUUGGUCGAUUUGGUAUGGUGAAGAAAAUCAUCCUGUUAAAAAAGUCCUCAAAGAAAAGAGCAAGACAUGCCUACAUCAAAUUUGAGACUCUAGAGAGCACACACAUGGCCCUCAGCUAUUCUGAGGAACUUGCGAAUGAGCGUUACCUCAUUUGUCCUGCCAUGACUCCAUCCCACUUGAGUUCAUGGGUUACAUCAACAUUUCCAAUGACUACAAUGAAUUCUGAAGGGGAAGCAACUACAGAAGAAAACAGGUGGCCCCUACAGGACACCAACCCUCAGGACCAUGAAACUGAGCGCAUAAUGAGGAAGCUGGACCGCCGCAUGGGGAAGCUGUUCAGAUCCCUCCCUGAGUCCACUCUGUCUGUGGUGGUGGUGCCUGGACUGAUCAGCUCCCAUGGCCAUCUUCCUGGUUUAUGCUUCAUGGAGGUCAAGUGAGGAUCUUUGUGAGCCAACGACAUUGCCUUCUGUGUGGACAAGCCUAAAAAAACCCCUCCUGCCACAAGUCCAUCAGCCUGCUUAGAGUUGUGUGUGUGUAUAUAUAUAAAUAUAUAUAUAUAAAAUGUGUGAGUCAAGUAAACCAGGGGAAACAUCAUAGGAUGUACCCUGAGCUUAGUGUUAACAAAACCCCCAAGUGCCAAAGAGUUUUAUCUUAAUUUACAGCUAAGUUCUGAGAGAAGACGCUCAUAGACUGACAUGGUAAUGCUGUCGAAAUUGAUUUAAAAUGCUAUUUUGUUAGAGUGUAGUUACAUUGUUUUUUUAGAUAAGUUUUUAAUGCCAGUGAGAAGUUGUGGGAAGGGAACACAUGGAUUCUAAUUUAUUCCAGCUCACCAAUGGAUGAGAGACAAAUAGGUCAUGAUCAUUCAUAUCUACUCAAAGAGGAUACUCUUUGUUUUUGAGUUUAUCAUCAACAUAUGCAAAUUAUAUUUCAGUAUUUUUGGAAAACUUUUUUUCUUUUACAAGGUAUAUUUUGGAGUUGCACGUGGGGGGAAGGGUUCUAUUACCUCUUCAGGGUAGUCACACUGUAAGUAAUAUCCUUUACUCGGUAGUAAACCUCCCAUUGUUCGUUUGAAUGACUGUCUAGUGUAGCUUUUGAUCUAACAUCCUUAUAAAAAAAAAGAAAUUGCCCAAUGGAACUCAGGGAAGGCACAUGUUUGGAUGUUUAACUUCAAACUGCUUCUCUGUUAAGUGAAAUUAAGUCCGCCUCAGGGAAAUCUUGGGGCAGUCAUAUGAUGCUACUGCAAUACCCUAGACAGCCACUACUGAGUGGUAGAACACAUGAGGCUGGUGUCUUUUAGAUAGUAAAACUUGAAGUGAUAUAUGGCUUUAAAAGAUGUUUAGGGCAGGAGUGGCACAGGAUACAGUUUUAUACAGUCAUGUAUACUGUGCAUCUAACAAAACAUAUGAUCACUUUACAAUAGGCUUUGUAAAUUGUGUGAUUUUUG